CGGGUUGGCUGGAGCGCGUCGCUGUCUCUGCUGGGGGCCGACAGGCCUUCGCGGGUGCCCGUCGGGGACUGAGGCAGAAUUCAGAGGUUUCAAACUCCAGCAUCUGAAACAUUUCGUUUGAUUCUGAAGAUGACACAGUGAUGAGUCUUCUCAUUUCCAGCUGAGGACAUCUUAUUCCUACUUCCCACUGGACUGUGAUAGUCCAGGAAAUCAGAAUGGAAUGGCCAGCCAGGAAUCUGAAGUUCAAAGACUGGUACUAGAUAGCGAUUCGAUGAUAGAAGGAAUAAGUGACCAGGUUUUGCUGGCGAUAGUGCUUAGCAUCACAUUCCUAGUUGCACUGACAUACAUGCUAUUAAGAGAUGGGCAAUCUGAUAUUCAUCCAGAAAACCAAGAGCUAGUGAGGGCAGUUAGACAACAAAUACAGUCGGAACAGGAAAAUAUAGUUGGUGACAGGCAACAUUUCUAUACUGAUUUGUCCUGCCCAGUGUGUUUACAACAGGCUACAUUUCCCAUUGAAACAAAUUGUGGACAUCUUUUCUGUGGUUCCUGCAUUAUUGCGUAUUGGAGAUGCGGAUCAUGGCUAGGUGCGAUACACUGCCCUAUCUGCAGACAAACGGUAACUUUAUUUUUACCACUCUUUGAUGAGGGACAAGAGGAUGCCGCCCAGGUGCUUCAUGACGUUAAUGAUUACAAUAGGAGAUUCUCGGGACAGCCAAGAUCGAUUAUGGAAAGGAUUAUGGAUUUACCUACGUUAUUGCGUCAUGCGUUCAGAGAAAUGUUUUCUGUCGGUGGUCUCUUCUGGAUGUUCCGCAUCAGAAUAUUCCUUUGUCUCCUGGGGGCUUUGUUAUAUCUUGCAUCACCGUUGGAUUUUCUACCCGAAGCUUUGUUUGGAAUAUUAGGAUUUUUAGAUGAUUUUUUUGUGGUGUUUCUGCUACUCGUAUAUAUAUCUAUCAUGUACCGAGAAUUUGUAACACAGAGACUGAACAGAUGAAGACAAACGUCAGGAAUUAACAUUAAGGUGCGUUAAGUGAAUUAACUGUUUUGAGAAAAAUAUCUAGACACAAUUUUGGUUAUUAAAUAGCCUUUGUUUGGUCAUCUUAUGCAAUCAAAAACACAUCUUUACUUCAAACAUGAGCCAGCAUAAGAUAACAUGAGAUUAUAAAAAUAGAUUACGCAAGGGUGAGGAAUUAAUGUCAUGGUGAUUAAGGAACUGGAAAAUUGGUGUGCGAUAUUAAAAAGGUGUAACCCAUGCUUAUAUAUGUUUACAGCAGAUGAAUGAGUAAAUGCCAUUUAAGCCACCAGCUGUGACAAAAGGGAAUUUGUCUUGGAAUAUUUUAUUUGAUUUAGCUGGAUAUGUGCUUAAAACAUUGUUCAAUGUAUAAUCUCAUAUUCAAUGUAAAGUUUCAAAAACAGCUUUAGGUUGUGGGUAAACAGGUAAGGGGAAUUUAAUUUUAAAUACAAUUGUUUAGAAUGUCUACCUAUGCCGGAAGUGCUCAAGCAGUGCAGUUAUUAAAUAAGCACAAGCAGUGCAGGUAUUAAAUAAUCAUAAUAUUGCAUCAGCAGAGUAAGUACAGUGUUGUAACUAUGUACAAUUAUGUAUUGUCUCAAUAUAAUUUUUCCCUAUGGAAUUGCACUGUCCACUAUGGAGAGAAUGCUGUUUUCUCCAUAACUAAUGAUUGUAUGUAGUAAGGUUUUGCAUUACAAUAUCCAACAUAUUUUUUUUAACAGUAGAAGAUAGCCUAGCCUAACAUGAAGAUAGAUUAGGCAAAAGUUUAAGUUUAAAUUGUAAUUGGCCUCUUUAAUCAGGUGAAAUACUAAAUGACAUAUUUAAUUGCUGAUAGAGCCUCUAGCCAAAAUCUAAAACUGAAUUUUAUAGAAAAUAUACUUGAAAUGACAUGGGGACCAGAGAUAUAUGGUUAUAUCAUAUAACCAUAGUUUAUAUGAAAAGUAUAUAAACAUCUUAUAGAGUAAACCUCAUUAAACAUUGUAGGCCUUCUCAAUAAGCACAUGUAAUUUCAGACUACAAGUCUUCUCAAGUUACAUUUCAAAGUGGUCCUAAAACAUUAUGAACUGCCUUGUUUAAAGCCAUGCAUUUUCUCUUGAAGAAAGAGAAAAUGACUUAACAAAUCUACAACGCUGGAAAAACUAUAACCUUCCAUAUGAUGUGAACUGUAACUUCCAGCUUUCCUUGUUAUUUGUAGUCCUGGUUUGGACUAAUGGAAUAUCAUAACUAUAAGUUCUCCAUCCUGCUUACACUAUUUCAUUUCAUAUCCCAACUGGAAAUAUACUAACCUUUGAAGAACAUGCACUGUCUCCUUAGACAUAUGCAGAAUAGUGUCUUUACUAUAUAUUAAAAAAAUGAGAAUAGGCAUUUAAGUGCUUGGAUUGUAAAGGGUGCUAUACAUAGUACAACAUUUAAUCUCCAAAAAUAUAGUUAUUGAGAGUUGAGCUAUAUGUGGAAUGUGCUUAACCCCUUAAGCAUCCAUGAAAUAAAUUAUUUAGGUCUUGCUUUUUAGCAAAUGCCUGCAGAGAUUGGAAGUUUUGUUGUACGUUAAUAAAUAUAAUAUUUUUUAAAAAAAGACGUUGCAGACCAGACCAGACCAUUUCUGGUCUGAAUUCUCUAUGGCAGUGUUGUUAUUAUGAAGACUUACAUUAUCUUAAAAUUAUUAUUAGCCAGAUUUUUAUUAUUUUUAUUUAUAUCCCACCUUUGUUUUUAUAAAUAACUCAAGGCAGUGAAUAUAUCUAAUACCUCCACAACACUCUAACAUUUUAUUUUAUUCCCAUUUAAAACUGAAUUUUGAAUACUGCUUUAAUGUUGAAUAUUGACUAAUUUUAAACAUUUAAAUGCCAAUACAGUUCUAAAUUAUGAUUAAUGGGGGGUAUAAUUCCAUGUCAGAGAGGAGCCAAUGUUUAAGUCUUAUUUCCAGUUAGAGGAGAGGAAACAUUAUAUGCAUUAACAUUGACUUUAAAAAAUCCAAGGCUUUUAAUUUGAUGAAAUUGUUGCCAAAGAAAUCUCCCAUUAUUAACAAGCUUAAUUGAUACAACGAAAUUUUUCUUCAUAGACUCUAGAUGAAGUCUGGAUUUGAAACGCCAUUUUGAUUUUUGCUUCCAUUUCUAUGCAGGGGUUCCAAGUGCCAAUUUCAACAAAUGAAUAUGUUGGAAUGUACAUGUUGAGUACAUUUGAGUAGUAUUUUUUGUAAAAUGAAUGUGUCUCUCUUGUUAUCUUCUCAAAAUGCUGAAUGUGACCACGGUCUAAUUUUUCUUGAAAAAUGUGGAACCAUUUUCAUUGUUAUUUCUAUAAACAUAUGUCUUAAAUUUUCAAAG